AUGUCACCAACAACAAUACUUCACUGUUUCUCUUCUUUCUUCUUUCUUUUCGUAAUUCUCCCGCACCACUCCAACGCUGACGUUGGUACCUCUGCCCGUUACUCCCCUCCAUAUUUGCCAUCGGGGUGUUACGGCACCGAAGCGUCGCAGUUUCCGUCGACCAAUCUUUUUGCGGCGGCCGGAGAUGGAAUAUGGGACAACGGAGCGGCGUGUGGGAGGCAGUAUAGGGUGAGAUGUAUAAGCGCAGAGGAACCUAGGACUUGCAUUCCCGAUCAGAGUAUUCAGAUUAAGAUUGUUGAUUACGCUGCCUCUGCGGUGUCACCGCCCUCCACCGCCGGUACAACCAUGGUUCUUUCCGAUAAGGCUUUCGGGACCAUAGCCAACGCAUCUGCCUCCAUGAUUAAUAUAGAAUUCCAACAGUAA